GUUGAGCUGUUCAGUUUCUCUGGCAUAUGCACACAGAAAAUGAGUACUUCUAUGACGAAUCUGGGAUCCUCUUCCUCUUCUUCCUUCACUCAUUCAUGGACAUAUCAUGUCUUCUUGAGCUUUAGAGGUAAGGAUACACGCAACGGUUUCACAGGCCACUUGUACAAGGCUCUAGUUGAUAAGGGAAUUUACACAUUCAUUGAUGAAAGCAAACUUAAAAGAGGAGAAGAAAUAUCAGCAGCACUUCUUGAAGCAAUUGAAGACUCAAAGAUUGCUAUCAUUGUAUUCUCCGAAAACUAUACCUCAUCUACGUGGUGCUUGGAUGAACUCGUUAAGAUUCUUGAAUGUAAGGAAUCAAAUCAACAAAUAGUCAUGCCCAUCUUUUACAAGGUGGAUCCAUUUCAUGUACGAUACCAGAGAGGUAGUUUUGAGGAGGCAUUUGCUAGACAUGAAUCCAAAUUCAAGGAUGACCUGGCCAAAGUCAACCGAUGGCGAGCAGCUCUUAAAGAAGCAGCAGAUUUGUCGGGGUGGCCUUACUUGGACGGGUACGAAUAUCUAUUUAUACAAAAGAUUGUUCAAGAGAUAUCAUCCCAAACAUUAAAGUGUACCUAUUUGGAUGUAGCCAAAUAUCCCGUUGGAAUAGAUUCUUGUUUAGACGAGAUAGAGGAGCUUUUAGGGCUCGAAGAAAAUGAUAUUCGCAUGGUUGGGAUAUGGGGCAUUGGUGGUAUAGGUAAAACCACACUUGCUAAAGCUGUUUAUAAUUCUUUUGCUCACAGCUUUGAAGGUUAUUGUUUUCUAGCAAAUGUCAGAGAAAAUUCAAUGUCAGAUGAAGGGUUAGUCCGACUACAGAAGACUCUUCUCUUUGAUACUCUAAGAGACGCAAACUUGAAUGUGACCAACGUUGGUAUAGGAGCCUCUGUAAUAAGGGAAAUGUUGAGAUGUAAGAGGGAUUUCUUAAUUCUUGAUGAUGUGAAUAAAUCAGAACAGUUAUAUAACUUAGCUGGGGGGUUAAAGUGGUUUGGUCCUGGUAGUAGAAUUGUCAUAACAUCAAGAGAUAAAUGGUUGUUAACUACUCAUCGAGUUGAUUCAAUAUAUGAGGUCAAAAAAUUAGAUGCUCAUGAAGCCCUUGAGCUUUUCAGUUGGCAUGCCUUCGAAAGAAAUGAACCUUUACCCAAUUAUGCGAAACUCACACAAUGUGCAGUAGAAUAUGCUCAAGGGCUUCCCCUAGCUGUGACAGUUUUAGGUUCUAAUCUUUUUGGUAAAAGCAUAGGCGAAUGGCAAGAUACAUUAGAUUGUUAUAAAAGAGUUCCCAACCAACAAAGUCAAGAAAUUCUUAGAAUUAGUUACGAUGCUUUAGAGGAUCCUGUGAAAGAAUUAUUGCUUGACAUUGCAUGUUUCUUUAAAGGUGAAAGCAUGACUCAUGUUAGACAAAUAUUAGAAGGUUGUGUGAGUGGCAUUCAAGUACUGAAAGAAAAGUCCCUCGUAACUAUUGGCCAAAAUAAGAAGAUUCUCAUGCAUGAUCUGCUAGAGAAAAUGGGGAAAGAAAUAGUACGGCAGGAAUCUCCUGUUGAACCUGGCAGACGUAGUAGAUUGUGGCUUCCUGAAGAUGUUUGUCAUGUACUAACAGAAAAUACAGGAACAUAUAAUGUUAGAGGCAUCAUCAUAAAGUUGCCCAAACGUGAUGCUAUAUGCUUGGGAACUAAAAGCUUCGAAGGGAUGAAAAAUCUUAAAUUUUUUAUAAACUGCAAUGCAGACCUUUCUGGAGAGAUUAGUUAUCUACCGAAUGAGUUGAGGCUGCUUGUUUGGCCUGGAUAUCCUUUGAAAUCUUUGCCACCUAAUUAUCAUCCUGGGAAGCUUAUCGUACUCCGUAUGCCUUCUAGUAACAUUAGACAGCUGGGGACUGGUUUUAAGGUCUCCCAGAAUUUGAAGACUAUGGAUUUGAAAGGAAGCAAAUUCCUAUCAAAAAUCCCCGACUUAUCUGGAAUGCCAAAUUUACAGACACUGAACCUAGAUUAUUGUACAAAGUUAGUUGAGGUUCAUUAUUCUGUUGGACGCCUUGAGAAACUCGUUACCUUGAGUCUUAAAGAAUGCUGUAGACUUCAGAUAUUUCCAAGAAAAGUCAGCUUGAGUUCUCUGGAAUCUAUUAAUCUUUCAGGCUUUAAGCUCGAGUAUUUCCCUGAAAUAGAAGGAAAGAUGGAAUCCUUAAGAAGUAUAGAUCUAACUCUCACUUCCAUCAAAGAACUGCCAUCAUCAAUCGGCUGCCUCCUCGGGCUUCGUGUGUUAUACUUGAAUGGGUGCUACAAACUUUCAAAACUGCCACCCAGCAUUUAUAAGUUGAAAUAUCUAGAGUAUCUAGGGCUUCACAAGUGCGCCCGAAUUUCAACAUUUCCAGAUGACAAAAACUCUGAUGUUUCACAGAGGGCAGUCUGUAGCUUAUUAGUUUUCACUAAGCUAGCAGAGGUUCAAAUGGGAGGAAUGAAGGAGAAAGUUAUAUCACAAGCAUUUGGUUCGUGCAUGAUUGACUACUUGUUCACAUUGCAUAGGCUUGAUCUCUCCAGAAGCAAGUUUUCUGGCAUUCCUGUAUGCAUCAGCAACCUCGUGAAUUUGACAAAACUCGACUUACAUGGUUGUAUACAGCUUAAAGAAAUUCCAGAACUUCCGUCAAGCGUAAAAUGGGUUGAUGUCGCUGGUUGCAGAUCAUUGACAAGAUUUCGACAAUUGUAUGAUAUACCCGGUGGAAUUGAGUGGUUCAACUUGAUAAAUUGUAUUGGAACAUGUGUGAAUCUGGACUAUGGAAUGAUAAUGAUAAACAAGAUUGUAUGGAAUCAGGUAUCUUCCAAGCCCUUUAAAUUUGGAACUGUAUUCCCAGGAAGUGAAGUUCCCAAGUGGUUCAGUCACACUGUGAUUCCAGAUCAUUUCCCUACCCUUCCAUUUUACCGCCCCUCUGAAUACCUAGUUCCCAUAUGUGAGCAUGCAAUUGAAAUUCCUGCACAAUUCAAAUGGGAGAACACCGGAGUGGCUUUCUGUAUUGUCUUCAACUUUAGAGACCACUGCAGCCAGGAUUGGUACAGUGAUUGCAAUUGCUAUUUCCGAGCUGUAGUUCACAUCAAUGACGUACACAUCGGUGAUUAUCAGUCCCCCUUCUAUCCUCGAAGGACGCGACAGGAACAUAUAUGGCUGCAAUAUGAUCCAUUGCCAGUUGAGUUAGGCCAAGGUAGAUGGAGAGACUGGGUUGCUGCGUUUGGGUACUCAUUACAACUGUCGAGUUGAGUUUUACUUCUGGCUGGGUACAGCUGAAAGAAAGUCAUGCAUAAAGCUACACAUUUUGAAAUGCGGAGCACUCAUAGUAGGUGGGGAUGAGAUUCCUGGUCUUGAUUUUUGGCGGGAACGGAUCCGGAACGGUGGCUUCCCAUUCCAAUCCAAAGUCUUGCAGAAUCAAAUAUCAACUGGGACACUACGGAAAUUAAUCCGAAUCGGGAUGUCACUGAUUUUCUGCAUUAUCCGAUUCGCAAUGUCACUGAUAUUCAGCAUGUCCAUAGUCUUUAUUGCUUCAGUCCUUUGGAGCCAGAUCCAGAAUUCUGACAUGCUGCAAACUUAUCCAGAGGCUUAGCGACUCAAUGAAGAGGAGUUUGUUAUUUAUAUGCUGCAUUAAGUGUGUUUAGUUUUCAGCAUACCAUGCUUCAGUGCAGUUCUUGUUUGGUGUGUUUUAGAGAUGACAUUUAAUGUGUAUAUUGAUGUUAUUGGCUAAUUGCCGGAUUUUCUGUAGCAGGAAAACCAUAUUCCGAUUUCAGAAGGGAUCCCAUAGCUGGACCCCGUUGUGGAAAUCUCGUUUGUUUAAUUUCACAACUGACAGAUAAAUGAAUGAUUCAAUCCGUGGCCUCAAGGAACAAAGAAAAGGAUGAACACCAAUACUACAAGGGAAUCAAGAAAGUCAUGGGCUAAAUUAGAAAGUCAUAAUUAACCAUCUGAUGAGGUGUUACUAGCCUGCUACAUACACUCGGGCAAAUCCUUGGUCAUGGACAUCAUUGCCUACCCACAAAAGAUGAGGCGACGGGUGGGGGAAGGGGUUUAACAAAUUUAA